GAGAAACCGUAUAUAUGUAAGGAAUGUGGGAAGGCCUUUGCUGGAGCCUCAGGACUUAGUGCACAUAGGAGAAUUCACACUGGAGUGAAACCAUAUAUAUGUAAGGAAUGUGGAAAGGCCUUUGCUUUGGCCUCAAGACUUAGUGAACAUUGGAAAAUUCACACUGGAGAGAGACCCUAUGACUGUAAGGAAUGUGGAAAGGCCUUUAUUUUGGCCUCAAAACUUAGUGUACAUAGGAGAAUUCACACUGGAGAGAAACCGUAUAUAUGUAAGGAAUGUGGGAAGUCCUUUGCUAAAUCCUCAAAGCUUAGUGUACAUAGGAGAAUUCACACUGGAGAGAAACCGUAUAUAUGUAAGGAAUGUGGGAAGUCCUUUGCUGAAUCCUCAAAGCUUAGUGUACAUAGGAGAAUUCACACUGGAGAGAAACCGUAUAUAUGUAAGGAAUGUGGGAAGUCCUUUGCUAAAUCCUCAAAGCUUAUUGUACAUAGGAGAAUUCACACUGGAGAGAAACCGUAUAUAUGUAAGGAAUGUGGGAAGUCCUUUGCUGAAUCCUCAAAGCUUAGUGUACAUAGGAGAAUUCACACUGGAGAGAAACCGUAUAUAUGUAAGGAAUGUGGGAAGUCCUUUGCUGUAUCCUCAAACCUUAGUGUACAUAGGAGAAUUCACACUGGAGAGAAACCGUAUAUAUGUAAGGAAUGUGGGAAGUCCUUUGCUGAAGCCUCAAGCCUUCGUGUACAUAGGAGAAUUCACACUGGAGAGAAACCGUAUAUAUGUAAGGAAUGUGGGAAGGCCUUUGCUAGAGCCUCAAAACUUACUGUACAUAGGAGAAUUCACACUGGAGAGAAACCAUAUAUAUGUAAGGAAUGUGGAAAGGCCUUUGCUACAGCCUCAAGCCUUAAUGUACAUAGGAGAAUUCACACUGGAGAGAAACCGUAUAUAUGUAAUGAAUGUGGAAAGGCCUUUGCUUUGGCCUCAAGACUUAGUGAACAUUGGAAAAUUCACACUGGAGAGAGACCCUAUGUUUGUAAGGAAUGUGGAAAGGCCUUUAUUUUGGCCUCAAGACUUAGUGUACAUAGGAGAAUUCACACUGGAGAGAAACCGUAUAUAUGUAAGGAAUGUGGGAAGGCCUUUGCUCAAUCCUCAAGCCUUACUAUACAUAGGAGAAUUCACACUGGAGAGAAACCGUAUAUA